ACGCGGGGCUACCAGCUGCACCACAAUAGACCUUGUUGUGGGUAGGGCCUCUCCACGACCACUGAAUACAACACCCGACGCCCACGCCAAGCACGUGUUCUCUACCGUGGUGGAUAUAUUAAUAGCACACUCGACAAAGAGCAAGACCCUGCUCCUUAUGGAGCCUCCCAUGCGGGCGAGUCUGCAUCGGUUUCUGUGUAUUGUGGGGCUGGGCACGGCGGGAAGUUCUCCAAUGCGCUACAUACUGGACCUGAAGGCCGUCACG